AGGACCGACACAGGAGAGAAGCCCUAUAACUACCAAUGCAGUAAAAGCUUUUACAAGCAGGGCAACUUGGUGAUAUAUCAGAGGACUCACAUAAGAGGAAAACUCUUAGAAUGUGCUGAUUGGAAAAAAAUCAGUCAGAAUUGGAACCUAUUGGAAUAUUACAGGAUGCACACAGGAAAGAAUUCAAAUAACUGUACUGAUUGUGGUAAAAGUUUCAUUACAAAUUCCCAGCUGGUGAUACACCAGAAGAUGCACACAGGAGAGAAAGCAUUUGAAUGUCCUGAUUGUGGGAUAGGUUUCAGUCAUAAUUCAAGCCUGGUGAUUCAUCAGAGGACUCACACAGGAGAGAAACCCUUUGAGUGCUCUGAUUGUGGCAAACAUUUCAGUCGAAAUUUCACUUUAGUUCAACAUCAGAGGACUCACACAGGAGAGAAACCCUUUGAAUGUUCUGAUUGUGGGAAAGGUUUUAGUCAGAAUUCCAACCUGGUGGAACACCAGAGGACUCACACAGGAGAAAAACCGUUUGAAUGUCCUGAUUGUGGGAAAAGUUUCAGUCAUAAUUCAAGCCUGGUGAUUCAUCAGAGGACUCACACAGGAGAGAAACCCUUUGAAUGUUCUGAUUGUGGCAAACAUUUCAGUCGAAAUUCCACUUUAGUUCAACACCAAAGGACUCACACAGGAGAAAAACCAUUUGAAUGUCCUGAUUGUGGGAUAGGUUUCAGUCAUAAUUCAAGCCUAGUGAUUCAUCGGAGGACUCACACAGGAGAGAAACCCUUUGAAUGUUCUGAUUGUGGCAAACGUUUCAGUCGAAAUUUCACCUUGGUUCAACACCAGAGGACUCACACAGGGGAAAAACCGUUUGAAUGUCCUGACUGUGGGAUAGGUUUCAGUCAUACUUCAAGCCUGGUGAUUCAUCAGAGGACUCACACAGGAGAGAAA